AUGCCUUCAGUGCAGCGGCUGCUUGAGCAACCUGGCGUUCUACAAGUCACUGCGGAACAGUGCAGAAAUGGUCUUGUCAGUCGAAGUGGCCAACAACAGAGGAAGGCCGCUAGCUUGCUGACCAACAACCGUAGAGUCGCAGAGGCUCUGGGCCGUGGAUGUCAAGGGAAGCGCUAUCCCAGCGAACUGGUGGGUGCCAUCCUCCAGGCCUACAGUAGAACUGUCGGCAAGGCGCCGCAGGAGAUUGACUUGGUCGAGGCGGCGAGCGUAGCACGAGAAGACCUUCAAAGAGAUCAGUGCUACUUUUUCCCUGAGGAGCUGGAGGAAAUGGAUGGAGCUGAAGCAAUGCCUCUGGAAGAGCCAGAAGAAAUAGGACAUCGCGAAGAGGUCCCACCAGCGCGAGAAAUGAUGCCCGAGGCCUUCGGGGUCACCGAAGACAUGCUGAAGCAAGUUGGUUGGAAAAAGCUGGACACAGGUGCUUGGAUGUACUUGGACGAACACACCGAGAAGGUCAAUGGGCCCGAACCCGGCCAUGAGGCCUGGCGGCUCCCUUGGCGAACCUCUUGGACCUGGAAUGGCGCAGACUGGAGCCUGCUAGAGGACGAGGUCCGCUGGCAAGAUAAGGCCCAAGACACCCGCUUGCAGCCCAACACUCGUUACCUCAGCAUAUACCAAGCCAGAUUGGAUCAGCAUGCAGAUCGGCACAUGAGACAUUUUCCCGGCAUGGCACGUGUGACCUUAGAGAGAAUGAUUCGGAAGGCUCACGAAGGCCUGGGACAUCCUGAGCAUGGUCGUUUUCUUCGUAUUCUCAGGCAGUCUAAAGCGUCGGAAGAAGUUAUCGAAGCAGCCAAGCAGUUCCGGUGCUCCACCUGUGAGGCAUAUCAGCUUCCAGAUCCGGCGCGAAAAGGCGCACCGCCCAAGGAAGAACUCUUCAUCAAUGAAUGGGUUGGGGUUGACACAGUACAUCUUCGUGACCAUCAGAAUCAAGCUGUGCCAGCCUUGAACAUCAUUGAUUUUCAUACACACUUCCAGUUGGUGAUCCCUAUGGACAAAGAAUCAGCAGCUGAAGUAAGAAAAGCAUAUCGGCAGUGGGUUCGGUUCUUCGGGGUGCCCCGCAAGGUUAUGUUUGACCUGGGAACAGAGUUCAAAGCCGAGUUUCGCCGUCAGGUGGAGAACGAUGGAAGCGAGGCGUUGCCAAGUUCCCUGGAAACUCCAACUCAACGAGGCCUCACAGAACGGGCCGGUGGAGUGUUCAAGAACAUCCUUUACAAGUCCAUGCUCGACUACCAGUGCCAAAGCCGAGAAGAGUGGAAAGAACUUGUAGACGUAGCCUGUAUGACACGAAAUAGGUUGCUUCUUCGAGGGGGUUACUCUCCCAUCCAGCGCGUGAUCGGAUACACACCUCGUCUGCCAGGUGGCCUCUUGACUGGUGGCGCAGAUGACCACACCAUGGCAGGCCGCAUUGUCAUGGGAGACAGAGACGUGACUAGAUCCAUGAAGAUGAGAAAGGCGGCUGCUGUAGCGUUUCAUGAAUCGGACUGUGACCAAGCCCUGAGAGCCGCUACACUAGCUGGACCACGUAAGCUUUGCGAUUUCGAAGUCGGCCAGGCAGUCUACUUUUGGCGGAGGGGCGCUGGAAGCACAAAGAAGACGAGGCAAUCAUAUUGGACUGGGCCUGGGCGAAUCGUGAUGACAUCUCUUCCCAAUGCCAUCUGGAUCGCCUAUAGCAACACCUUGAUUAAGGCAGCCCCUGAACGUGUUCGACAUGCAACAGCUGAAGAGAAUAUGUCCAUUUCAGGUUGGUUGCGUGGUAUUUCCAAAGCCCGGCAGGACUUCGAGAAGCUUCCAAAGAAGGGGUUCGUAGACCUAACAGGAGACUAUGAGAUGCCGGGCGAACUUGAAGAUGAUCUCCAAGCCAACGAACCACAUGAUGAUACUAAUCCUCUCCAAGGCCCUGAACCAGUAUCCGGAGUCCCUCCUCUACGUAGAGUACGACAGAAAACCGGAGAAUAUGAACAUGCAAAAGAACCACUAGGGCCUCCUCCUGGUCUUACAGAACCCCCAACCGAACCGAGAGGUGAACCAGAAAGAGAACAACCUGAAGUUCCCGCUCUUGAACCUGUAGGCCCUCUUCCCUUCCUGCCAGGUGAAGAGCUCUUCGACCGCGGCAUCGACGUCGACGAGAAUGAGAACCACGAGCGAGGCCAGGGUUCUUCAGGGGCAAGUGCUACAGGGUCGUCUGGGUUUGCUGACAACAAGAGGGGUCCAGAAGACAGAGAGCCAGAACCUCCUGGAAAACGUAGUCGAGUACAUCUUCUUGAAGUUUAUGCUCUACAUCUUCAAACGUUAGCAAGGGCUCGACAAAAGAAGGAGGUCAGAGCGACCGACUUCAAAGGAGCGGAUGCGGUCAAGUUGCAGCGAGCCAUUCUGAAAGAAAUCAACAACAAUCUCGGCACCAGGGCAUACGAGUUGCUGAGCUCAGCUGAGUCCGAGCAGAUUCUCAGAGAGAAGCCAGAGAAAGUGAUGGAGUCCAGAUACGUCUUGACAAAGAAGCCCUUGGAGCCAGCAGAGGUCGCCGGCGCUGAGAGUGAAGGGCUGUUGCUGAAUGAUGACACUCAUGGCCCUUGUAAAGCAAAGUGUCGACAUGUCAUGAAGGGAUACUCAGAAGAAUCGGCGCUGGACGUUGAAAGCACCACGCCUCAGAUCAACAGGGAUACAGUGAUAUUCCUGCUUCAAGUUCUCGCCAGUUUGGGUUGGGAUCCAGGUUUCUUGGAUUUCACACAAGCCUUUCAUUCAGGGGAUGCCAUCAAGCGUGAGCUCUACUGCAAACAGCCGAAGGAGGGCAUACCAGGCGCCAAAGCAAGUCAGUUGUUGCGACUGCUGAAAACUUGUUAUGGUCUCACAGACGGGCCUUACGCUUGGUACCAGCAUCUCGACCGAAAGCUCAGACAACUAGGAUACAAGGCAAGUCAAGCAGAUCCGUGUCUGUACUUCUUGCAUGGCGGUGCUGAUCCCGAAACCCCUGAACUUGAAGGUGUCAUCGGUGUUGCGACUGAUGACUUGUUACACGGUGGCAACGAAAGACAUUGGGCCAACAUAGCAAGCAUAGCCGCCGAGCACAAGUUAGGCAAGAACCAGAGGGGCACGGGCAGAUUCACUGGUAAGGACAUUGAACUGCAGGCCGACGGGUCCAUCAAGGUGAGUCAGGCCUUCUACGUGAAGGAGAAGAUCCAGAUCAUAGCCCUGACCCGAAAAAGAAAGCAACAGCGGUAUUCCAAGUGCACCCCCCAAGAAAUUGAAGCCUUGAGAAGUUCAUUGGGUGUUUUAUCCUGGUUGUCAAAGGAGACCCGGUGUGAUAUUGCCGGAAGAGUGGCCUUGUUGCAACAAGCCUUCCCAGAGCCCAGAGUUCAGGACCUGGUCGAAGCCAACAAGAUCAGUGAAGAGGCUAGAAAGUACGCCCAUCUUGGCAUCAAGGUCAUGCCGAUUGCGCCGGAACGACUGCGCAUCUCGGUAGUGACGGAUGCUGCCUGGGGUAACACUAGAGAUCAGCCCUGGAUUGAAGACCAUCCCGAUGACUACUGGGAAGAAACCGAAGGAGAGUGGGUGAGGCACCACGUUCAACCAAGGCGCACGACGUUCCACCCUGGCGCGGCGCCAGGUGGACCAGACCUCCACAGCCUGGACAGGAAGAGACAGAUCUCCUUCUUCGCUCCUGAGCCCGACGGGGAGAUCAAGAGUGGCAUGGUUGAAGAUGACUGGUCCGAUGGCCAUGGAAUACGAGUUCUUCAAGACCAACCGUGGACAGGAAGGACAGUGUUCAACAAAUGUCACGACGAGAAGAUCACCAACCAGAAGAUCCACAGCAGUCUCGCCCAACUCCAGAAUCUCAGCAGCCAGGGUGGCCAGAUCAUCCUGUACCACGACCGCUCUCUUUCCGAGACGGAGCAGCCGGCGAUGGCUACGGUGGCUUCGUGGAAGAGUUACCGGCUGAAGAGGAAGACGGUGGACACGCUUGCUGCGGAAGGACAAGCUCUACAAGCAGGGCUCGGCAGCAUUCACUGGCACCGAUUACUCUUCAUGGAAGCCUUUUACGGCAUGCUUUCGGCGAGUGACUGGAGAGAAGUAGCAGGUAGGUUACCUUUUCUUGCUGCAGUGGACUCCAAAUCUCUUUUUGAUGCCGUUAACAAAUGCGCGUGUACAGCUUCGUAUGUUAGCGACAAGCGAACUGCCAUUGACCUUGCAGUCAUAAAGGCAGAUUUGGCACAGACAGGCGGAACCAUCCGCUGGAUCGACACAAGAUCUAUGUUAUCGGAUCCACUUACGAAGCAGCAUCCAGGAACAUAUCUAAGAUACGUUCUUGACAAAGGUUUUUGGGCGAUAGCAGAGGAAGGACAUGCUCUUCAGGCCAAGGCCCUGGAGCGGGAAGCAAGACGCUUCUCCGAGAGUAUGAAAGCAGAGUUGCACAAGGAACUUCCUCCGAAGAUUGAAGCUAAAGCGUCGUAG